AAAAGGCUGGUGUAACUGCAUGCAAACGCUGAGGAUGACUUUCGACUUUGCUAUUCACACUCCAUCAGCCAGGAGGCCAACAGGCGAACCCUCCCUCCCUUUUGCGUUACGCAGAUGCGGAAAGUGAGCCGACGCAGGAACGCAAAGAGAGCAAGUGAGGAGCCGAGAUUAUUUCAAACAUGGACACGGACGCUGAACGGGAGAGUUGAAUCGGGACUUCCACUAACGCUACCAGUAACAAAAACAACAACGCCAGCGUUCUUCUAUUCACCCCCGAAACGUUUUCAAGGGAUUUUACUUCGAAUGAUCUUUCGAGGAGUUUUUCUUCAUGAAGAGUACUGUCGACAGACACGGAAAAGAUGACAAUUUCCUUCAUAAACAGAAGUAAAGAAACUCUUCCUCAGGAAUUGAAUGAAGGAUCUUCUUGUGCCACAACACGGAUCCCUGUGCAUCAAGGCCAAAGAUACAGCCAGCGCAUACAGAUGUGCUUCUAAGCAGUUGGCUCAAAAGCAGAUCUGCGAAAUACAACUCCCACCGAAUUAGAUGCAUUUUAAUCCGGUGCUUUAGAUCAGAGCCACUGACAACUCGUGCAAAAUAAACAAAUAUUUUUGCCUUUCCAGAUUGCUAUGAGUUAGCUUCUUAGCUCGCUAAUGUUAGCCACUGUUUGUCGCGGGUGAAAAAAGCCUGUCAACUGGCUAGUAGCUAACGAUACAGUAGCGAGAAACACUAGCGAUAGCCUGAAAAGCUAGCUCGGAGCUCGGUUUCAAAAGUGUAGUAGCGAGUUAGCUAAUAAGUUAGCAUAACUUUGAUAAACCAGACGCGCUCAGAUGAGCUUAAAAGUUUUAUGUUGUUCUCAGUCGUUCGACAGAUGGCAUAAAGGCGCAGUUAAUUCUGCUACCGUCCAGUUAAUUGAUGUGCUGCGUUUUGGCUCAGUGUCUUAACUAGUCCUCUUAGUUAGCUAGCUAAGUUUACUUUCGCUGUGCCUGGACCGACCCACCCACUAGGACUUUGGGGCCGAUGCGGACAGAUCAACCGGGAUCACGGCAUCACGACGAGCCGCAGCAGGCAUGCAGCCCCAACAGAUCUACGACUUUUCCAGCGAGGAGAACAGUCACAAAUGGCGAGGCCUCUUCGUGCAGGCGCUCCGCAAGGUGCAGCUUCAGGUGCACCCUAACCUGUCGGCCAAGGAGGAUGCCCUGCAGCACAUCGAGGAGCUCAUCCUGCAGCUUCUCAACAUGCUGUGUGUGGCUCAGCCUCGCUCCGUGGCAGAUGUGGAGGAGCGCAUUCAGAAGACCUUCCCAUACCCCAUUGAUAAGUGGGCGAUGGCCGACGCUCAGGCAGCGAUUGAGAAACGUAAGAGGAGAAUUCCUCUGCUGCUCCCAGUGGACAAAAUUCACCCUCUACUGAAGGAGGUUCUGGGCUAUAAGAUCGACUACCAAGUGUCCCUGUACAUCGUGGCUGUUCUGGAGUACAUCUCAGCAGACAUCCUCAAGCUUGCUGGCAACUACGUUGGCAAUAUCCGCCACUAUGAGAUCAGUCAGCAGGACAUCAAAGUAUCCAUGUGUGCGGAUAAGGUGCUGAUGGACAUGUUUGACCAGGAUGAGGGCCUUGGUCUGGCCUACUUGUGUCCAGAGGAGCCUUCGUCGUCCGGGGAGCUCACGUACGACGACCUGGUACGGCUGGAGAUCGCAGAGGAGCGGCAGUACCUUCGCGAGCUCGACCUUAUCAUCAAAGUGUUCCGGCAGGCCUUCACCAACACCAAGCUCUUCAGCGCUCAGGAUGUGGAGGUGGUCUUCAGCAACAUCUUGGAUAUCCACGAGCUGACGGUCAAGCUGCUGGGGCUGAUCGAGGAUGCCGUGGAGAUGACUGCGGACGGCAGUCCACACCCUCUGGUGGGCAGCUGCUUCGAGGACCUAGCUGAGGAGCAGGCCUUUGACCCCUACGAGACGCUUUCGCAGGACAUCCUCUCCCGAGAGUUCCAGGAACACUUGAACGGCCUUAUGGCCCGCCCCACGGUUGCCCUGCACUUCCAGUCCAUAGCGGAAGGUUUUAAAGAGGCGGUUCAGUAUGUACUACCACAGCUGAUGAUGGUGCCAGUCUACCACUGCUUACACUACUUUGAAUUGCUGCAGCAACUUCAGGAGCGCAGCCAGGACAAUGAUGACCGAGAGUGCCUGAAGCAGGCCAUUACCGCACUACUGAAUCUGCAGUCCAGCAUCGAGCGCAUCUUCAAUAAACACCAACCCCGCCGCAAACCAGGGGAGCCCAUGUACCGUCUCUACAGCCGUCCAGCGCGCAGCAAGCAGACGGCCACGCGGCGCAUGAGCGAGAUCCAGAAGAGCAUCGACGGCUGGGAGGGCAAGGACAUUGGCCAGUGCUGCAGCCGCUUCCUGCACGAGGGCCCGCUGCUCCGCUCUGGCGCCAAGCACGAGCGCCACAACUUCCUGUUCGACGGCCUCCUCGUCAGCUGCAAGGCGGCCAACCAGACCUCGCGGCUGCCCGGCGCCAGCAGCAACGCCGAGUACCGCCUCAAGGAGAAGUUCGUGCUGCGGCGAGCGCGCGUGCUGGACCGUGACGACAGCGGUGGUGGCGGCGGCGAGCUGCGCCACUCCUUUGAGCUGGUGGGCAGCGGGGCCCGGGAGGAGCCGCCGGGCGGGGGCGGUGGCGGGGGGGCGGUGUUCUGCGCGCGCUCGGCGGAGGAGAAGGCCACGUGGAUGGCGGCGCUGGUGACGCUGCAGUGCCGCAGCACGUUGGAGCGGCUGCUGGACGCUGAGCUGCGCCGGGAGGAGCGAGCCCAGCCCCUGCGCCUGCCGCCGCCGCACCUCUACCGCUUCGCCGUGGCCGACUCCGAGGAGAACGUGGUGUUCGAGGAGCGGGCGCAGAGCGCCACCGGCAUCCCGCUCAUCAAGGCCGCCACACUGCCCAAGCUCAUCGAGCGCCUCACGUACCACAUGUACGCAGAUCCCAACUUUGUGCGCACCUUCCUCACCACAUACCGAUCAUUCUGCAAGCCUGAGGAGCUACUUACACUGCUCAUAGAGAGGAUAGAGAUUCCAGAGCAGGAGUCCAAAGAGGAGGAGCUCCAGGGCUUGUGGAACAGCGAUCAACCAAUGGCUGCAGAGCUACAAAGGUUCCGCCGGGAGUAUGUCCAGCCAGUGCAGCUCAGGGUUUUGAAUGUGUUUCGUCAGUGGGUGGAACAUCACUUCUAUGACUUCGAGAACAAUCCGGAACUCCGCAUCCAACUAGAGGAGUACAUCACCAGCAUCACACAGCUGAGAGGGAAGUCGAUGCGUAAGUGGGUGGAGUCCAUCCACAAGAUCAUCCGGCGUAAGCUGGCGGCACAGGCCAACGGUGUGAGCCACAGCAUCACGUUUGAGCGCACGCCGCCGCCCAUCGAGUGGCACAUCAGCCGCGCCGGCCAGGUGGACACUUUUGACCUCAUGACUCUUCACCCCAUUGAGAUCGCCCGCCAGCUCACACUGCUCGAGUCGGACCUCUACAGGGCGGUUCGUCCAUCUGAGUUGGUGGGCAGUGUGUGGACCAAAGAGGACAAGGAGAAGAACUCUCCCAACCUGCUGCGCAUGAUCCGCCACACCACCAACCUCACACUCUGGUUCGAGAAGUGUAUAGUGGAGGCGGAGAACCUUGAGGAGCGCGUGGCCGUGUUCACGCGGGUCAUCGAGAUCCUGCAGGUGUUCCAGGACCUCAACAACUUCAAUGGCGUUCUGGAGAUCGUCAGCGCCAUCAAUUCUGUGCCUGUCUACCGGCUCGAUCACACCUUCGAGGCCGUUCCGGAGCGUAAGAAGCGGAUCCUAGAGGAAGCUGUGGAGCUGAGUCAGGAUCACUUUAAGAAGUACCUGGCCAAGCUCAAGUCCAUCAACCCACCCUGUGUGCCUUUCUUUGGUAUCUACUUAACCAACAUCCUGAAGACGGAGGAGGGGAACCCAGACUUCCUGAAGCGUCACAAUAAGGAGCUGAUCAACUUCAGCAAGCGACGGAAAGUGGCAGAGAUCACCGGAGAGAUCCAGCAGUACCAGAACCAGCCAUACUGCCUCAGGGUGGAGCACGACAUCCGGCGCUUCUUUGAGAACCUGAACCCCAUGGGGAACAUGGGUGAGAAGGAGUUCUCUGACUACCUGUUCAACAAGUCCCAAGAAAUAGAACCUCGCAACUGCAAACAGCCCCCACGCUUUCCCAGGAAGACCGUGUACAGUCUGAAGUCUCCGGGCACGCGGGCCGUGCGGAAUCCGUCCACCGGAGGCGGAACGCUGAAGGGCCACCCGGUGCCGCUGGAGCGCGAGCCACCGCACAAGGUGACGUUCCGCAGCAUUGCCGAGACGGAACCGGAGCGGGAGAGCGCCGUGUCAGUGCCCACCUCACCCAACACACCCACCCCCACGCCUCCACAGUCCGCCUCCUCUGACCUGAGCAGCGUCUUCAUGGAGACUGACCUCAGCAACAUGCAUGAAGGCCACAACAGCAUAUUCGCUCCAGUUCUUCUUCCGCCUGCUUCAAAAUUCCACUCGGUGUCCUGCGGGAGUCUAAAUCAGCUGUUUGCAGAGGAACCCCUCAGACCCCCUCCACUUCCCCCUCGGAGGAAAGAUGCGGUCUCAGAGGCCAAGCUAAGCUGCCGGUCAGACAGCCCUCCGGCCAUCCCGCCACGGCUGCCCCCUCCCCUGCCCCGCCUCCAGCCCCGCCUCCCCGUCUUCAACGGGCCCUCCACCCCUCUCCUCUCCUCGUCGGACACUCCGCUCCCCAGUCCCCCGCCGCCGCCUCCCCCUCCCCGAGACCCGCUGCCCGACACCCCUCCCCCAGUGCCCCAGCGCCCGCCCGAGAUCUUCAUCAACUACCCGGUCAACCUGCAGCCGUCGCCCGUCAACCGCUUCCACUGGGAGUUCAGCGCCAGCUCGCCCAGUUCGCCGAGCACGCCGCCGGGCACCCCCUCGCCCCGCGUGCCCCGACGCAGCUGCCCGCUCAGCGCCAGCCAGAACAGCCUGUGCCACCUGUCGCUGCCCACGCCAGGCGGAGGGGGUGGGGGCAUGGGCGCCGCGCCCCCCGUGCCCCCCCGACACGUGCCCAGCAGCCCGCAGCUGCCCAAGCUGCCGCCCAAGACCUACAAGAGGGACCUGCCCCAGACGCCGCUUCCCCAGACGCCGCUGCCUGCGUUCUCGUUGGUGGACAAUGCAGAUGGGAGCCAAUGAAAUUGGGCUUUUCCCUAAAUCGGGGCGGGCAAAUAAGGACGUCAGCCAAUGAGGAGGGGAUUUGGGUUCUUGUUUGACAGACAUGGCCAACCAGAGGGCGUGAGUAAUGACUCAUGGGAGGGACUUUUCCCCCUGACUGUUGGAUUGAAUUAUGAGACCCAGUAAUACACACGCAGACACACACUUACUCAGAAGUGGAGAACACUGAUCUCUCUCAGCAAGGUGUGUGUGUGUCACAGAAGUGUGUUGGAAGGGCAUGACCUAUGGAUUGUAUGUGUUCUGCAAAUUUAAAAAAAAAAAAAAAUUAAAAAAAAAACGGCCUUUUUUAAAAAAUAAAAAAUAAAA